AAUAGUGACUAUUCCCUCUAAACUAGUUUGAAAUAUCCAAAAAGUUGAGAAGCUGAUAUUUUUUCUCCUUGUGAAUAUGUAUGUUCCACCAAAAGAAAUUCUAUUUGUCACUAUUCAUCUAAGGUUCUCAGAUUCUAAGUGUCAAGCUUCUGAAAUUUGAAUAGGAUUGAUUUACAUACACAUUUGUUUGGAGAUGAUUAUUAGAUACACUAAUUUUCCUUGAUAUUGUUCUGUUUCUUGUGCAAGUCAUGGGCUCAACAGCGGUCGGAGAUUUGAUAGAAGCUGUAUCGGGCGUUCAUUUCUCCGGUUUUCGUUUAGGUGAAACAGGUCAAAGUGCUUCAGAAGCUGAGCAACACAUUGCUGCAUCUAAAAAUGGCAAGCAACCUUUUGUCAUAGGAGUUGGUGGAGGUGCAUCGUCUGGAAAGACUACCGUUUGUGAUAUGAUUAUCGAACAGCUUCAUGAUCAGCGCGUCGUACUUGUUAACCAGGACUCCUUCUAUCACAAUUUGACACCCGAAGAACUUACAAGAGUCAAUGAGUACAAUUUUGAUCAUCCUGAUGCAUUCGAUACAGAGCAGUUGUUGUGCAUGUUGAAGAAACUAAAGCACAGUCAGGCAGUAGACAUUCCAAAAUACGAUUUCAAGAGUUAUAAAAACGAUGUUUUCCCUGCCCGAAGAGUGAAUCCCUCAGAUGUAAUAAUUAUAGGAGGCAUACUCGUCUUUCAUGAUCCUCGUGUCCGUGAUUUGAUGAACAUGAAGAUAUUCGUCGAUGCAGAUGCUGAUGUUCGUCUCGCGAGGAGAAUAAGGCGUGAUACAGUAGAAAAGGGUAGAGACGUCGGGAUGGUUCUUGAUCAGUAUGCAAGAUUUGUGAAGCCUGCAUUUGAGGAUUUUAUUCUUCCUACAAAAAAAUUCGCUGACAUAAUUAUUCCUCGAGGAGGAGACAAUCCCGUUGCCAUCGACCUAAUUGUCCAACAUCUACGGACAAAACUUGGCCAGCACGAUCUUUGCAAAAUAUACCCGAACUUAGUUGUCAUUCAAUCAACUUUUCAGAUACGUGGAAUGCACACGAUCAUACGUGAUUCUAAAACAUCAACGCAUGAUUUUAUCUUCUAUUCUGACCGCCUUAUCCGCUUGGUUGUCGAACAUGGUCUCGGGCAUCUCCCGUUUACAGAAAAGCAGGUCACUACUCCAACCGGAUCAGUGUACAUUGGAGUAGACUUCUGCAAAAGAUUAUGUGGUGUGUCUAUUAUCAGAAGUGGCGAGAGCAUGGAGAACGCCUUACGAGCAUGCUGCAAAGGAAUCAAAAUUGGCAAAAUCCUUAUUCAUAAAGGAGGUGACAAUGUUCAACAGGUUUGUUUGGCAACACGUCUGCUCGUAAAUGCACGUGAUCGAUGUCAUUUGGAAUCGUGUUUUUUCUGUUUUUUGGUGCAGCUGAUCUAUGAGAAACUGCCAACAGACAUCUCAGAUAGACAUGUCUUGUUACUGGAUCCAAUUUUGGGCACAGGUAACUCAGCCGUUGAAGCUAUUUCCCUACUUAUUAAGAAGGGUGUCUCGGAGGCCAACAUCAUAUUCCUUAAUCUCAUUUCAGCGCCUCAAGGAGUGCACGCGGUGUGCAGAUGCUUCCCUCUAGUAAAGAUCGUGACGUCUGAGAUUGAAAUGGGAGUGAACGAGAGUUACCGCGUCAUCCCUGGUAUGGGCGAGUUUGGCGAUCGAUAUUUUGGCACCGAUGAAGAUUGGAACCCGAACACCAAGUGAGGAGGAGGAGGAGGAGGAGUCCAUUCAUUAUUUCAAAGCACAAAAAUUUCUGUUCUUGAAUAUACAUUUUUA